AUGCAGCUUCAAGACUGGGUUGAAUCCUCCGUCCGAGCCUUUUUCUGCGUGACUGGCAUCACUGGGAACUUCUGGCUGGGUCUGCGCUCUCUCCCCACAUCCAGAUCCCGUUUGCGGCCCAAUGACCUGCUCUUCAUCAACCUGGCCGUCUCCAACCUCAUCACCAACUGCAUGGUGGACCUGCCGGACACUUUAGCGCAGUUUCUGAACAGCUGGCUGUUGAGUAGAAACUACUGCAGCGUGCUCCAGUUUUCAUCGGACCUCUCGGAGACCAGCAGCAUCUUCUCCACCAUGUUCAUCAGCCUGUACUGGCACCAGAAGCUGGUGGGCUCCGUCCGGCGCGGAGGAGCCCCGGUGCAGCUGGAUAAUCUCCGGCUGGUGCUCUGGCUGCUGUUCGGGAGCUGGAUCGUGGCGUUAACAUUCAGCGUCCCUCACUUCUUCAUAGCUGAACACGAUGGAAACGACAGUUUGGAAGUUUGCGAGGAAAAAUUCCCAACUCCUGCGGAGAAAAAGACGUUUGACGGGCUUUACCUGAUUGUUGCUAAUGUGAUUCCUCUUGUGGGCAUCACGUACGCCAGUGUGCAGAUCGUGGUCACGCUGAUCCAGAGCCAGAAGAGGGUUAAAGAUCACUCCGGAGGAUCAGAGCAAAAGACGGAGGUCAGGUCGUCCGGUAACCCGUCCUCCGGUACUCAUGUGCGGGCGGCGAAGAGUGUGGUGGCGGUUGCCUCGAUCUUCAUCUUCUGCUGGUUCAUUCACCUCGUGCUCCGCAUCUACAGCGGCUUCAGGAACUCCAUCCUGGUGGUCAAGCUGACCAACUUUAUCGGAGCCACAUACACUUGUUUUGUCCCGUAUGUCUACCUGCACGGCGUGAAGAAACUCAACUGCUCUUGUUGCUGGUAG